AUGUCUGGGACUGGGAGUGGAAAUGGAUCAGAUUCAUCAAAUGCCAAUAUAGGCACAUCCACAGGUGUAGCAAGCAGAAGCAAAAAUGCUCUAGGAAAUAGGACUGAUAUUGGGUGGAAGCAUGGGACAGAUGUUUUAGGGAAUGGUAAAAAAGUUAAGUGCAACUACUGCUCAAAGAUCAACAAUGGGGGAAUUUUCAAAUUUAAGCAUCAUCUUGUUGGGACUAGAUGGGAUUCUGAACCUUGUGCUUCAGUGCCUGAAGAAGUUAAGAUGCUUAUGAUGAACGUUGUUGCAGAGGUUGCUAAUGCAUCAGAGAAGAGAAGAAAGUUGAACAGUAUUCAUGAAGAAGCUGGAGAAUUGUUGAUGCAUAAACGAGAGAAUUUGUAUUGGACCCCAUGUGUUGCUCAUUGCAUUGAGUUAAUAUUUGAAGAUUUUGAGAAACAUUUGAAGGUUCAUCAGACUACUAUAACGAAGGGAAGAAGGAUCACCACCUACAUUUAUGGUAGAACAAUGUUGAUUAGCAUCAUGAAGAAGUUCACAAAUGGAAGAGACUUGAUUAGGCCUGGUAUGACUGGAUUUGCCACAACUUAUUUAACUUUAGCUUGCCUUCAUGAAUUGAAAGCAUCAUUAAUGAGCGUGUUUAGCUCUGAAGAGUGGAAAACAAGCAAGUUUGGAACUUCACAAGAGGGAAGAAAAGUACAGAAUAUGGCUUUGGAUAGUCGAUUUUGGAAGAACGUAACCAUGUGCCUCAAAGUUGCUGCCCCUCUUAUGGUGGUCCUUCGAUUGGUGGAUUCAGAUGUAAAACCCGCCAUGGGUUUCAUAUACGAGGAGAUGAAAAAUGCAAAAGAGAAGAUAAAGUGCAACUUUAAUAACACCAAGAAAAGCUAUGAGCUUGUUUGGAAAAUUAUUAAUGAGAGGUGGGAUCAUCAGCUUCACAGGCCUUUGCAUGUAGCUGCAUAUUAUCUUAAUCCUCACCUGCACUAUGAACCUACUUUCAGACAUGAUGACCCUCAGGUGAAAGAAGGGUUGCACAUGCGUAUGAGAAGAUUGGUCAAGGAUGUUGCAGAAAGGAAAAAAAUUAAUUUGCAACUUGUUGAGUUUCAUUUUGCUAGAGGGCUUUUCUCUAUGGAAGAGGCAAAGGACAGUAGAAAAAUCAUGCAACCUGGAGAAUGGUGGAAGAUGUUUGGUGAUGGAACUCUAGAGUUGAGGAGAUUCGUUAUUCGUGUUUUGAGCUUGACUUGUAGCUCUUCUGGGUGUGAGCGUAAUUGGAGCUCAUUUGAAAUGUUAAAAAGUAAAAAAAAUAGAAAAAGUAUUGCUCUUCCAUUUGAUGAGAUUGAAUCUGACAAUGAAUGGAUAACUGAAGAGGGAUAUAAUGAUGAGGAUGAGCAACCUCAAGCUGAAGGUCAUGAUGACAAUGUUGAAUUAGUGGGAGAUGUUGGAGGAAGUUCAAAUGAUCCAGUUGUAGAUGCUUUUGAUCUAGAUAAUUUAAUUUUCUUGAAACCUAAUGGUGGUGAUAAACAGUCUGAGGAAGACCUUGAUGAUGAUGGAGAUGGUGAUGAAAGUGAUGAUAUUCAUGGAGAUGAUCCUAUUAGAGGAUUGGACAUGCUUCUUUGA